AUGAUCCCAAAGCCUUCAAUUAUAAAUAUUUCAGAAUCUAAACUUGAGGAUGUAGGCGAUGCUUCUAAUUUCUAUUUAGAUACUGAUCCAACAAUGCACCAUCAUGCGACUAACUUUAGAAAUUCUAUAGUAUUUGAUGAUGAGUUCGAGAUUAAAAAUUACAAGAACUCUGAGCUUGAAUCAAAACUAAUAGAAGAAACAAUAACAUCAGAAAUGACUCCAUCUCCAUCUCUAAAUAAAUUGCUUGAUAUGUUGAAUGAUAAAACCAAAUAUGAUCAAAAAACUUCUAUUAAGAUAUUGAACAAUGAAGAUUUAACUACACAAUCAACAGAAAAUCAAUUUCUAUCACCAAUUGACUCAAAGAAUCAACUUUCAGAUGAGAAUUUAUCAAAAUCUAUUACAGAAAAAUCACCACAAAAAGAAUUAAACAAAUCAUUUGAAAUAGAAGAGCCACUGAUAGAAUCAUUCCGAAACCCAAGCAUCCAACCUGAAGAAUCUAUAAAACCCAACUUCCCGCCAAGAAAAACCUCUCAAAUCAAAUCAAGAACUAGGUCAUCAUCAACUGGUAACAUCUUAACUUCUAAUACCCAUUCAGAAUCUGCUAUCAAUAUCAAAAGAAGGAGAAGUUUCUUUUCUUAUAUUAAGGGAAAAUUUUCGAGGUCUUACGACAAUAUACAAGACAUUGAUCAAAAUAAUGUGAAGAAUAAUAAGAACGAAUCUACAAAAAAGCUUCAGCAUUCAAUUAAAUCAAAAUCUUCAAAGAGAAAAAAUACCACCGCAGAUAUACCAUCUAGUCCAAUUAACAGUGAAACUUCUUUAACUCAUAGAAAAUCAAAAAGCGUUUCCGAUAUAAAUGAAAUAAUGCUUAGUGAUGCUGAUGAAAUUGAGAUUGAGAUUGAAAAUGAAAAUUUAAAUAUUAAAAAGUAUAAAACCAAAAAGAAGAAACAAACAAGUGGCUGGGAAAUUACAGAUUUAACUAAAAAUUCUACUGAUGAAAAUAAAAUAGAUACAAACAAGGUUAAUAAGACUGAAGAAAAUUCUCCAUUUAUAAACAUUACAGAGGAGAUUUCUUCCUCUAUUGAGGUUUCAACUCCAACAGGCUACAGAAAAUUAGUUGAAACUGAUGUUCUUCAGUCUUCUUUUUCGAUGUCUAGACCGUACAAUAAUUUGGAAAAUUGUUCCAUAAUGUCAUCAAUUAAUCAAUCUGAUUCAGAGAUGAACUCUAAAAGUUCUAUUGAGAAUACACAAUGGCAUAGUUCAAUCGACGAUGAUCAAAUGUUGAAUCAAGAGAAAGUGGAUUUUAAAGAUUCAAGAGUUAAAUACAGCAAUGAUACUUCCAAAGAUAUGAACCAUACUGAUGUCUCUAAAAAGUGUUCUUCUCUUAAAAUUAACAAUAGUCAAAAUAAAAAUAAUAAUAUUCUUCCGCCUAAACUGCCCCCACUACCACCUUCUGUAAAUAGAGCAGACCAUAUUGCACCUAUAUUUCAAAACAAUCAAGAAAAACAAUAUAUUUUACCUGAAAAAAUAUCACCUAAUAAUAUUUUAAAGCCAUUUAUCAACAAUGAAAUUGACAACUCUCCGACCUUAUUAGACUUAGGUUUAGAUUUAGAUAACACCAGCAUACCUUCUUUUGGAUCAUUUGAAGAAAAGUUAAAUGCAAUUAUAAUUGAAUCAGAUAGUAAUGAAAGCUCCAGUCAACAAUUUAGAAUGGAAAGUAAUACUACAUUGCAUAAUACAGUACAUAAUAAUUUGGAUGACAAUGAAUUAAUAAAUGAAAUCGAAGAAUUUUCCAGCUCUAUUCAUUUCGAUGAAGAAAUUUCCAAACCUUCAGGGCUAUUUGUUGAUACUUCAAUGAAUUCUUACCACGAGAGUGACAUUAACUCAUAUUAUAUUGAUGAUAGCGAUACAUUAUCCCCUAAACCUUAUUCAAAAAAUAUACAAUCAAUACUAAAUGAGAAGGCAUUACUGACCCCUAAGGAAAAUUCAACAAAAGAAAUUAUUACCAAAUUAAAGAAGAGAAAUAGUCCAGACUUGUUAUUAAGGCCUAAUGCAUACUUGCCAAAUUAUAGAGACUCUGGUAGACCUAUUUCAAUGUCGUUUAAAGGUUUAUACCAUCAAUCAUUAUUAAAUUCUGAAAAACAAGUAGACACAGAUUCAGAAUCAAUUAGAAGCAUAUCCAAAAAUGUCCAAAAUACAUCUAAAACGGGGGCAGCUCAAGGCAAAGUAUUUGUAAGGUUUUCUCCUGAGGUGACACUGCACGAUACCUACAGCUUGGCAGAAUAUGAUAGGACACCAGACGUAGCAACUUGCAAUGAGUUGACGCCAUUAAGUGCUCAAUUUAUAAAAAUUGAGUUGAAUGAAUUUAAAAAUGAAAUGGAAAUUCAUGAAGAUUCUAAAUGCUUCACCCAUUUUUACUAG